UGGCAAGAGUGAGUAGCAUUUAACCAUUCUUAGCACUUUCCUACAUUUACGAUUCUCUCCGCAUAUUAACACAACACCAAACAACAAAGCAAUCAAUCCUCUUCGAUCUAUAGACCCCCACGAGUACCAGGAUGUCUGCUCCUUCUCCUCCCGUCCUUCCAAUCUCUAACAACCCACCCACCACCGGCACGACCACUGUUCCGGUCGCCGCCGUCACCACCACUACCUCCACCCAGUCCCAGCCGCCAAUUCAAACCCCCGCGUUCCGUGCCUAUAUUUCUAAGCUCUACGAGUCCAUCCGCAGCGGUUUUUCCCAGAGGCGCCCCUGGUCGGAGCUUCUCGACCGUUCCGCCUUCUCCAAACCUGAGUCCGUCGGAGAUGCUUCCCUUCGUAUCCGCAAGAACUACUCUUAUUUCCGCGUCAAUUAUCUGGCAGUAGUCACUGUGAUUUUAGCAUUUUCUCUUUUGUCCCACCCUUUCUCCCUUCUGCUUCUGCUCGGCCUUCUCUCGUCCUGGGUUUUUCUCUACCUGCUCCGACCCUCUGACCAGCCACUCAACCUCCUUGGCCGUACCUUCAGCAAUCGUGAGACUCUCGGGAUCCUUAUUCUGCUCAGCGUCUUCGUCAUCUUCCUCACAAGCGUUGGAUCUGUGCUUAUAUCUGCCUUCAUGGUCGGUGUGGCACUCGUGUGCGCUCACGGGUCGUUCAGGGUUCCUGAGGACAUGUUUUUGGAUGAACAAGAGCCUGCUGCCACUGGAUUCCUCUCCUUCCUCGGUGGGGCUGCCUCCAAUGCCGUCACGGCUGCCGCUCCUGCUGUUGCUGCCGCUCGUGUUUGAGGAGAUUUGGGUGGUGUAAUUUCAUUGGAUCUGUGGAUCGGGUGAUUCAGGAUCUUGUUGGCUGGGUAUACGUAUACCUCAAAAUUUCUAAUUUUUGAUAUACAAAAUAAAAAAUAAAAGUAAAAAUACUUAGGUUUGGGAACAUAUGUAGGUAUAUCUUCUUUAUGCUCUUCUGAAUAGGAUUCUAUACAUCACAAGUAUUGGAUCUAUAGAUUCUUUUCCUUCAUUUGAUUACAAGAUACAGUGUAAUAUGAUCUCAUUGAUAAUGAGUUAACAUUGAUAUCUCAUUUCAUAUUGUCCAUAAUAUGAAUGAAUAGUGCACAAUUUCCAGGCUUGGUUAUGUCACGUUA